UCGACAGCGUGCCCGUUCGGUUGUCAGAUGUUGGAUGUCAUAAUUUUUUGACUGAAUAGGGAUUUUUAUUUAUAUGUAAUUGUUUUAGUUCAGUGGACUGAUGACAGAUUAAAUUGAUAAUAAUAGUUAACCGGUGACAUACGGAAAAUCUAUCCAAUUUGUGAGUGAUUUAUGUGAAACGUCAUUUUGGAUUACCAAGAAAAUUUAACAAAAAAAUUGAUUGUCAAUUGAAAAAGAAUACAAAAAAUCUGAGUGAUUUUAAUGUGAUGUGUGUUAAACAGUGAACCAAAUGUCAUUUGAAUGAUUUGAAAGAAUUUAAGUGUCAAAACAAAAAUACCUUGUUUGCAUUUCGUGAACGCACCCAUUUGUAGUAACAUUAAUAUAAAUUCGAAGUGCGAAAUUAUACCUUAGUCGAGACAAAAACGACGCUUUAACGCAGUCACAAUUACGGCCACCGGAAGAAUAACGAGCGACGCCCACGGCGAUAGUGAUAGUGAAGGGACGACGAGGCACACGACGACGACGGCGACGGCAAUGACGGUGCCCGUACAACGUGGAUCGAUGGCGGUACUGCAACCGCCGCGAUCCCGCUUUAUGAUAACGGAUAUUUUAGCUGGCAGUGCAGCAGCAGCGGCGGCGGCAGCAUCUGCAGCCGCGGCAGCUAAUGCCGCCAUGAAUGGAAAUGAUAACUCGAGCGACCACCACAUUUCGCCGCAUCAUCACCAUCAUCUCGCUUCGCACCAUCCGCAUCUCCAACACCCACUGUCGCAUUCGUUGCAUAUGGUCGGUAGUGGCGGCGGUGGUGGUGGAGGAGUAGUUAUCAACAGUAAUGGCCCCACAAACGGUCUACAUUCUCAUUAUGCGCAUCCUCACCAUCUGCAACAUCAUGCGGCGGCGGCAGCAGCUGCAGCAGCCGCAGCAGCGGCGGCCUACAAUUCUGCUCAUCGCGAUCUCGAUGAUGAUCAUGACCGCAGCGGUCGAUCGCCUUCACCGCAGGGACCGCGUGACCUUAGCGUACCUCCGGGAGGUGGAAGCAGCGGCGGACGAGCCAGUACCCACGAUGACAGUGACAGCGAUUCCAGUGGAAAUCUGGAUAGUCACAGCAUUUGUAGCAAUGGUGCCAAAGAUGAAGAUGGAAAUAGUAUAAAAAGUGGUAUGGGUUUUGGUGGAUCUUCAAGUCUAAGUAAAAAGCAACGAAAAGCUCGAACCGCCUUCACCGACCACCAAUUGCAAACGUUAGAAAAAUCAUUUGAAAGGCAAAAAUAUUUAAGUGUUCAAGAUCGAAUGGAAUUAGCCAAUAAAUUAGGACUAAGUGAUACACAAGUGAAAACUUGGUAUCAAAAUCGAAGAACAAAAUGGAAACGUCAAACUGCCGUUGGUCUUGAAUUGCUUGCCGAAGCUGGUAAUUAUGCAGCAUUCCAGAGGUUAUAUGGUGGGCCACCAUAUCUUGGUGCAUGGCCAUAUCCAGCUCAAUCACCACACGGAACCCCACCAUCUGCAGCCGAUCUGUAUUACCGACAAGCGGCAGCAGCAGCGUUACAAAAACCACUACCUUAUCGUUUAUAUCCAGGUGUUCCGGCUGCCCUCGGCAGCCUGGGUGGCCUACCAGGUCCAGCUUCAGCUCCAUUUCCACACCUCUCAGCAUCUAGUUCUUUGUCGUCAUUAAGUAGUUACUAUCAAACCAAUACCAAUAACAACAACAAUAGCAGUAGCAAUAACAAUAACAUCAGUAUUAGUAAUAGUAAUAGCUCCCGGCGAUCACCCAGUCCGACAUUGAAUCCCGGAAGUCCUCCGGGCCGUUCAGAAAGUAGUCGACCGCCCAGUGAUGAUGAAGAUACUAUUCAAGUAUGAGUUUUAUAGUAACAAUUAUUAUUAUUAUUAUUAUUCUAUGUGUACAGUAAAUUAGCUUAUUUAUUUAAUAAAUUAAUUAAUUCAGAAAGAA